AUUGAUAUACGAAAACAUUUAAUUUACAAUUUUAAUUUUAGUAAAGACUUUUAUAUAUUUAGUUAACAUCAUUCGUAAUAGUAAUGAUUCAUGGCUAAACAAGAAAUGUAUGAUAGACGUUCAUUCUUUGGGUAAAACGUAUAGAUGCGGUUAUUGCAGGAAAAUGGAUAAUAUUUGUUUUAUAUUCAAGGGGAAAUAAAUUUGUGGAUACCUAGUCGUUUUGGAUCAUGGAGUCCAUCCAAUGUAAGGUGACCUUCGUGGACGGGUAGUGAAGAUCGCUGACUUCAAUUACUUUCUCCCCACCGAUGUGCCCUCGAAACCUCGCUUGGGCUGCAGAGUUAUUCAUGCGAGAAAGUCAUCCAGCUGACUUACAGAAGGAAAGUGCCUUUAAUAGUAAUUGCAAAACCUACCAUGACAUUGACCAAUAUCUUUCGACUCUGCAACAUUAAAGGUAUAUACAGAGGAUGGCUGAGGGAGUAAACUUGACGUCAAUUAAAGACGGUACAGACGUAGAUUUUGGUUUUGUCUGUACACCGUGUGGAGAGGAUCAUAUUCGAGAAGACGCUGUCAAGUACUGUCCGUCAUGUCAGGAAUACCUUUGUACCACAUGUACAAAACAUCAUGGCCGACAAAAUGCUACACGUUCUCAUAAACUGCUUGACAGAGAUGACGCCAACACUAUCUCCGUGAUAGCGGUGACAACAAUGUGCCAUAUACAUCCAGAACAAGGCAUUGAAUUCUUUUGUAACUCACAUGACAUGGUAUACUGUGCGAAAUGUAUAGCCAUAGAACACAGGUCUUGUGUCAGAGGGGUGGUUAGUAUAAAUAAAGUAAUCCCAUCGUUUAUGGAAGACAAAAAGAUACAGCAGAAACAGGAAGAAAUGAAAGCCAUUCAAAAGUGUCUCACUAGCAUACCAAUCAGAAAUCAAGAAUUCAUCGAUUCGAUGCAAAUUCAAAAAAGCAAGAUAUUCAGCGAAAUUGAAGAAGUUGAAAAAAGCUUUAUAGAGCAAAUAGCGAAACUGAAAAAAGAACUAACUGCUUCAUUAGACGAAAUGCAUUCUAACAUCAAUGAAGAAUAUGUUUCAGAAAUAAGCAAGGUGACCCCUUUGAUAAAAGAAUUAGAUGAAACGACCACUCAUUUACAAGUCGUCCUAGAUAAAGACAAUGUUAACACUACACAAAAAUUUGUUCUAUUGAAACUCGCGGAGCAGACGGCUAAGAAUGCUGCGAAAAUUUAUGAUGACUGGGAAUGCAGCGGUACGAAGACAUUAUAUUUCAUGGAAAAUGCCUUCAAGACUUCAAUGACAACAGCAAAUUUAGGACAAAUAUGUCAAAAAAAAAGUAACUAGAAAUAGUAAGCAGCUUCAGAAACUGGUAAAAAAAUAUAACAUUAAGACGGAAAGAGCGCGAUCCAUUUAUACCAUUAACGAUGUAUGUAUGCUUCAAGACGGUACAAUCAUAGUUGCUGACAAUGCCAAUAAGGUGCAUUGGCUGGACACAAAAUAUAGGGUCAAGGACGUCUGCAAUCUAGGUGCUAGUCCCUCAAGCAUUUGUUGCACUGGCCAGAAUGAAGUUGCCGUGAAAAUGAACAACAACACGGUACAGUUUAUAUCAGCUGCCCAUUACUUGAAUAGACUGGAAAGUAUAUCAGUAUCAGAUGGUUCGGUGAAGGGUCUGGUCCACUGUGAUGGUGAACUGUGGGCUUCUACAAGGCGGGGGAUCGACGUAUACAACAAAUCCGGCUCGAAAUUGAGAUGUAUUGAAAAAGACACUGCAGAGGAUAAAAUAAUAUUUUCGUCCACAUUUCAAGGUAUGGCGGUCAGUGGUGACACUGUUAUCGUUACAGGAUUUAAUGAAAUAGAUGGCGCGGUAUGUUUUAGGGGAGAUGGUUUAAUGAUAAGAGAAUUACGGCACCGAAAGCUGAAAGGAACCAUUGAUGUGUGUACAUCAAAUGAUGGAACAGUGUUUCUUUUAGGAUCUGCCUCACGCAAUAUCGUCUUGUUCAGUGUUGAUGGCAAAUAUGUCAGAGAAUAUUCAACGGCAGAUGACUGUCUGGGUUAUGCACGGUUUAUCCGCUACGACGAUACAAGAAAGUACAUAAUAGUCAUUGAUCUAGACAAAAGUAUUAGAAUAAUCGACAUAAGUGGUGACACAGUUGAAGUGUAAUGUAAGUGACAUACUACUGAAAACGCUCAUCUAAGCGAAAAGUUCACAUUGUCAUGGCGAUUCGACAUUAUGUUGAAAUAUCUUUAAUUAUUUUAACAAAUGUCUGAAGAUGAUAACAGAUCUAAGUAUGUGUAACAUAUCAUUUCCUCCGUUGAAAUAUGUAAAAGAUAUACUAGAGCCACUUCUUGUUCAAACAUUCAUACCAUAUACAGAGAGGUUCGGGUGAGAGGGGUUAAGAUGCACAGUCAUUAGAAGACAUCGGUUAACCGUACAUUGUACGACUGGCAUUUGUAUUUGUGUAUUGAUAUAUUAAAGUAUAUCCAAAACUGGGUAUUUUUACUAUACAGUUUAACAUGAUGUAAGUAGAUACUGAGUAUACUAAAUCUUUAACAUGACUGAAUAUCUAACUUUUCAUACAGAGUAUAUACAUGUACGCAUGGGAAACAACACGAUGUUCUGGAAGUGUAUUAACUAUGUUCCUUAUAAUUAUGGAAUGCGUAACAGUAUUAUUUCGGAGAAAGAGCCUCCUUCAGAGCAUAUUUCGUAAUCAGAUAUUUUUGAUAUGUCCUCUAAGAGUUAUACAACUUCUUUUAUUAACCAAGUCCUUAAUCUUUUAACAAUUGCAUUAUAAAUAUUGUUUCAUUGAUAGAAAAUUUAGACGUGCACACUUUGAACUUAUAGAUCUAUAUAUGAAACCAUACUGGUCUAUGUACGAACAAAGUUAUUUUUACAGAACACUAUUAUCUUUAAUCGCAGAGUGUUAUAAUGUUAACUUCCUUUAAAUCAUAUCUACAAAUGCGGAAUUGCAACACGUAUAAAUUACAAUCAGGACUGAGUGGUUGCCAGACUAAUAACUUAUGCUGCCAGCGUUUUUUUUUUUAUAUUAUAUUUCAGUAGUAUUUUGAUCACAGUUGCAUAAUUGCUCUUUUAUAAAUGUAUACAUGAAAUGAUUUUGUUAUGAUAAUAUGGAUUGAUUCUAAGCGUAACGAAAUAUGUUUAAAAUUUCAUCCUUUAUACAGAUCAAUGUAUGUAUGUAUGUAUGUAUGUAUGUAUGUAUGCUCCUUACUUUACAUGUAUUCGACAAUACAUUCAACGAGGCUUUACUGAGUCGUGUGUAUGUUUUCAGAGACGUACAGACAGUUAUGCUGUAUUUUGAUUAUUUGUAUUAUGCUUACUAUGAAUAUAAAUUUUAGAUUAAUGUUCUCUUGAUCCCGGCAUGUGUUGUCGUAUGUAUUUGUAUUUUAUUCCGGGAAAUUAUAUCAUGUGUCAUGUUGUUUUAAAUGUUUAUGUCGCAAAUAAAUCAUUGAAAAUAAUAAGCAAAUUAUAUUUUAAUCAUAUGAAUAAAUUUGAUUAACAACUCUUA